AUUUGAAUGACCACGGUCUACAUUACGAUCGAAUGGAAACAUCUGAUAAAACAGAUGAACAGCCGAAACAGGAGGUCGACGAACUCCGUGAUAUCUGUAACGGCGAAGCCGCCUGCAAUAUGACGGAGACAAGCACGCAAACGAGCACCGUACAAGUACAAGGUCAUGGACCUAGGCUGUCAAAAGUCAACCUCUUCACACUUCUUAGUCUAUGGAUGGAACUGUUCCCCAGGAGGGAAUCACAGCAGAAGAAGUCCAGUGAAUCUAGUCAAGACACGGGACUGGUAGUGGUCCAUGAACGCAGAGUGCUGGGUCUGCACUGCUCUGGGUCAGAUCUCCAUGCGGGUCAGAUAGCGGUUAUUAAACAUGGGCCAAGGCUGAAAGGCUGUGAUAUGUACUUCUCUAGGAAACCCUGCUCCACAUGCCUCAAAAUGCUCAUUAAUGCUGGUGUGAGUCAGAUAUUGUAUUGGCCUGGUGAUACAGAAAUAAGUUUGUUGGAGGAAGGCGAAGGUGCAAUGGGCUCCAGUCAAGGGGAAGCCCUGCAGGAUGCCGCAGCUUCUGAGAAGCUCAGGUGCAACAGUCAGACGCACAUCCGUGUCCUCCUGCAGCCACUGGCCGACAGUAUGCUCCAGUUUGUGGAGGAGACCUCCCAGAACUGUGACUUUAUGGAGAAAAUAUCAAACGACGGACCAGAUAUCAACGGUCUUUUCAGGGAGCAAUACCUGAAGAAUCUUAAACAUUUUUCCAGGAUCUUCCUCAUCUCUGAUGAAAACCAACACAGGAUACUUUUCACUAAAAUGGGCUUGGAGAACUUCUUCAUAGAGCCAUAUUUCCGAAACCUAAGACAGCUCAUGUCAGACCUGAUUAAGGUUCUGUCCCUUGUGGCUGCCAGUGUUCAGGUUCUCCAGGAGGAAUAUGGGUUCUAUGAUGGAGAAACCUUGUCUCCCAAUUCACAGACUUUGUCCCAAGAUGUCAUACGACACUGUGUCAUACAAGCCAGGCUACUGUCGUACAGAACAGAGGAUCAUAAAGUGGGAGUUGGAGCUGUGAUUUGGGCGGAGGGAAAACACAGCCCCUGUGAUGGAACUGGGCCGAUGUACCUUGUGGGAUGUGGAUAUAAUGCUUACCCCGGCGGCUCUGCGUAUGCAGAGUAUCCACAGACACAAAAGAGGCAGAAAGGCCUCCACAACAAAUACCGAUACAUCAUUCAUGCUGAGCAAAACGCCCUCACUUUCAGGAGUGCAGAGAUAAAAGAGGAGGAAAACACUAUGCUCUUUGUCAGUAAAUGUCCAUGUGAUGAGUGUGUGCCCCUCAUCCAUGGUGCUGGGAUCAAACAGAUUUACACCUCUGACCUUGACAGCGGCAAAAGAAAACAUGACAUUUCCUACCUCAAAUUCAGCAAACUUCACGGCGUACGCAAAUUCAUUUGGCAGAAAAAAACAGUUAUCGGCUCUGAAAAAGGAGGACUCAGAACAAAUGGGGGAGUGAAACACAGAAGGUCUGAAGAAUCCGAAUUGCACAACACCAAAAGGCUGCGAUCCUAAGAAGAGAGAAACCGAGUGCCACUAUAUCAUGUGCACAGAUACGAUACUGGAAAUAUCAUU